GAAAAUUCUGUAUUUUCCUUGUUAAAUAUUCAUAAUUCUUUGUGGUUACUUUGUUCAUCUUAUCAUUUCUGACUAAAAUAACGAUACAUGCUUACUAAUCGUAGUAUUAUUCUCUGACAAGGUUGGAAAACAGAACAGUAAAAUAGUAAUAAAGGUAACUAGAAUAACAUCAGUAAAUACGAGCAGAACGUUCGUGAAAUCCAAGCGAUUUGUUACGGACAAUUCAUUGUCGGGCUUUGUGUUCGCAUAUGACUUACUUAUGGUAGCUCUCCAUUCAAUGAACACCUUAUUCUCGUUCUUCUUUACCAAUUUAAAAAACACUAAUUGAACUUUACGGAAAACAAACCUAUUUUAGGUUUCACGUGUGUAACAAUCUCACGAAUAGCACGUAACUUAGUAUUGUAAGUACCUAAUAGUUAUAUUAAAUACAUACGUAUCUAGCAAGUACAUAAAAUGUACCUCAUGACUGGCUUGCUAUAAAAUGCACGUGUUCAGGCGCAUGGUUUGCUGAGCAGCAUGAAAAUAGAACAUUAGAACGACUUGCAUCGUGCAUCUUAUGUAAUUAACUUCGUUUCAUUUGCUUGUAAAACAAUAGUCUUGCUUCAAAUUACCCGCUGGCCAGCCUGAUUAGUUGCGUGCAAACGUCGUAGUCCAUUAUCAGUGCUAUGAGUAAUCAAACGGUAGCGUUAUUACUUGUCUCGGGGGUACGGUUAAUAAUUUUAUGAUGUGGAGAAAAAAUCGCGUCGCGAAUACUCGGGCGGGCGCCACCUCAUGGCGCCAACGUCGCGCCGGCGUCGCCGCUGACCGCUUGCUUCCUCGAACUGUGCUAUCACUGGCCGACAUUAUACAAUAAGUAACAAAUUCGACAAACUUCACCACAUUAAACUGUCUCAUUAACACACUCACUAGCAGAGAAAUUCACAUUAAAUGACGUCCUUGUUUAUCGACCAUCAUACUUUUAUUUGUUCAUUCAUUUUGCAAGUCGUAAAAGUUGUGCUUUAGCAUAUCAAAAUGCUGUUAUUAAAUAAAUACCUUGCCAGCUUAGUGAUUGUUAUUAUUUUAAUUAGCGCUAUAAUUUGUUUCUCUCAUAUUUAUGCAAAUUGUUACUUUCAAGGAAUGCGCUUAUAACCUAAAUUAUUUCACGUAGCAACCGGAGUUACUUCAUACUAAUGUGAAUGAAUUUUCAUUUUACAUUAAAAUACAAAAUUCGCUUGCUUCGGAUUCUGUGCGGGCAUGGUGGGUACGUGAGACCUACAUUUCAGAUGAAAUAAAUACAUACUAUCUUCUACUUAUAUGAAUGGCCCAAUGAGAUAUGCUCUGGUUACAACUGAUUACUAACUUUCUUCCUUACCCUCAAAUCUGCCUUUUAAAAAUUUAGCUAAAGCAUACCGGUGAUCUUAUAAUGAAGUUGAGGUUAAAUAAUGUCCUUCGCGUUACAAAGCUUGCCUUGCCGCCUUGCUAAGGCAAAAACCCAAAAUAAUACAUUUCGUUAAGUAUGACACACGGUUUCGUCCUUGCCCUCCUUUCUGAAUCGACAUUAAAAAUGUGUUUUGUAACUUUUCCUGAUACGUAAAAUAUACCAAUAUUUUCAUUUAAGCGCAUACAGUGACAAUGUCAGUGCAUAAAUAAAUAUCAAUUUUCAUUUCAAUUAUAAAACAUAUUGUCCAACUAGGAAGUAGCGGUUUCAAAAUUGGAAUGCCACGUAAAUGUGCGCUAGACAUGCAAACAACAGCACACAAAUAAUACAAGAAAUGUGCGUAUGUUCAUCGCAACGAGUAAUCUGGCCUAGCGUAGUUCAUAACAAACUUAAAAAGCUAUAGGUAGAAAUGUGUGAAGACAAAGACGUAGCAGUAAAACGUAAAAACGUUUCGAAGUAGUCCUCAAAAAAAGACACGAUAGAAUAAUAUAAAAACCCAACAAAAUUAAUUUGCAUAUUGUUAAAUUACACUUCCGUUUAUAUAACGCCUUGUUAUAAACCUCAGUUGACGUUCUACGGAUUUUUCCAGUACUCGUCUUCCGUUUUUGUCAAUUCUAAUUCAUAGUAGCAAGUACUGCCAUCAUUAGAUAAAUGCAGCGUCCUACUCGUGAACAAGGCCUUUGUCUAUGUAUUGUUUGGUGCUGCAGCCUGAUCAUAACAAGAAUAAAUAAUACUUUUUUCCUGUAGCCGUUAUUGGACUUCCCCAAAUCGAACGGAAAGCAAUUCUUCGAAAUUGAUGCGAGAGUUUGUUUGCUAUCAGCAUCUGAGAGGUCAUUCAUGCCAUGCCGGCUAACUUAUGCCUUUAAUAUUCUUAAAUCAAACUGACUCUUGGAAUUGGUAUACUUAUUAUCGGAACAUUUUCUUGAUCUCUUAUUAUAGUAUUAAUUGGACUUCGGUGCUUAAUUUACCUUUCAAAAUAUUUUCUGGUAUCUACCAGCUCUAUGUAGUAACCAAUUAAUGAUUUGCAUACACUCUGGUUACAAUGAGACCAAAAAUAAAUCUCGCUAACCCUAAAUGAUAAACUAGUGAUUGGCCAAUUUUGUUAAAAAUAUAAUUUUAACCCAAGUUUAAAUUGACCUAGGAUUUUUGAGGUACAAUCAUUUAUAAGGAAUGCUUAAUUGUCAUCCACGUUUAACUAUAAAGGGUUCAUUAAGCGUCGUAUGGGUAAUUAAUACUUGAUUUGCCCGUCCCAGAUACGGGUGGCGCAUCGCAAGCUGCGCUGGCGCCGAGCCUAACUGUCCACUGGCAUUUGCGCAUGACAGUGUUACAUGUGUAUACUUGUAGCCACUAUCUAUGCGCAUUUACUUUAUUUAUCUAGCAACUAUUAAUUACCUUAUUGCUUUCUUAAUGACUAGAAGACACAUAGAAUUAGAAAAAGCCUAGAAUCUUAUUACACUUCUUGUAAUAUAAUUCUGUUGGCGUUUUCAAUAAUGUACCAGAAUAGCAAUCGUUGUAUAUCGUGACUAAAAUCUAGGAAAACAAUACUGAAUGUAAUUACCGAAGAAGGUCUGUUGGCUCUCUGUGAAUAUUUCAAACAAGAAGUUGGGCUUGCAUAAAGCUUGCGGUAUUACAUCGGCCAAGCGACGGCAGAGUGAUGGACCGUCCUGACACGAAUAGGGCCAACACAAAGAAAAGUAACUGUACGCGACAGGAUGACCCCACAUCAGAUGGGGUGACUUACGACUCUCUGCUCUCGAUUGCCUACUUAACUUGCAACAAUGAAAUUCGAUUCCAUGUACAAUAUUGAAAACAGUUUAAGUUAUUAAUCACCGAGAAUCUAAAUUGUUGAUAAUGACUAUAAACGACGUCCGUGGUCGACGAAUGUUUUACUAAUUUUGGUACGUAUUCGUUACGUCACCGUAGCAAACCUACUUGGAUUCCAGUCCUUGCAUAUUUUAUGCAAAUAAAAUGAAGAUUGCAAGACAAGAAACAAUUGGCAUCAGUCUUGGUCUAGACUUUAAAAAGUUAUUCAAUGGAUGCAAACUUUGUUCGUGUAGUUACAAGGCUUUCAUCUGGUUUACGACAUAAACAUUUCAUCUUAGUAAACUAACUAAAAGCAUAACCACAGUAACGCAAAAUUAGUAACGAUUACCAAAUUUUGUUUGACUAGGUUGGUUAACGGUUAAAAUGGGUUAUCAAUACCGUUACAUAAUUCCUCCGAGGAGUGCAUCGGAUGAAAAUUGAUGUAUGAUCGAAGGUGAUGGUGCGGUGGUGUGGCGGGGCGCGCGGCGGGCGGCAGCAAUGCGCGUGCGACUCUCACCGCCUUAUCUCUCGCGACCUCCGCCGGACGCGCACGCUCGCCGCGCUACACAACCCGCUACCGCGCCGCGAUCGCGCUAUGCCGACUCUUCGACAACAAACUAAUGUGCACGCUAACUUGUACUUUUUUUAUUUUCGAAGUGUAGGACGUAACCCGGAAAUGCGCCAGUGAAUCAAAAACAUUUUUUACAUUGUGGCAGUUUAUUCGUUUUUUUUUUGGAAGACAAUAUUUAUAUUGUAAAAAGACAUUUACUAACGAACGUUGUACCGUAACGACGAUGGUGUCUGAAGGGGCUUUGCCCGUAGUAUGGUGUAUACGCGAUAAUCAACUUGUGCCCCAUCAAGUAUCCGGUGUUAAGUUACAGGGUGCGGUAACAGGAGCGCAUAUUGCCGCUGUUACGGACUUUUUGCGUAUGGUAGCAGGGACUCCCAUUGUUCUUCCACAUACGGCCGUUCCUGAAGAUGUCGACAAUGAUAUUAAUCAAGAAAAAGAAAACUCUACUCGGAGACGGAAAAUGUCUAUGCAAGUCGAAGUACCAUGUGUAUUUCUCACUGAAAGCGCACUGCAAAAAGCCAAGAGCCGCAGUAAUUCUAGAGAAGAAAAGGUAACAAUUGAAAGAUGUAAUAUACCCACAACCACAAUGAUCGACAGUCAAUCCUCUUUUCUAAGCUCUUCAGAUAUCUUAGAAAUGAAAGAAUUAGAAAAUUGUCAUCAAGACGUCAGAGAUAAUUUGAAAUCAAAUACGUCUGACUCAUCAAUAACAUGUACUGAAAACAAUUAUCCUCAGAGAAUAACAAGGAUCAUAGAGCUGGAUGACUUAAACCCUUGCUCCGUCAAUAUAGAAUCUGAAACGGAACAUCCACAAAGGAGAACUCGGAUCAUUGAAUUUCAAAAUGAUAAGGCACCUUCACCAAUCUGUUCUGAAGUAGAAAAUGAGACGUUACAACGAAUAACGAGAAUAAUAGAACUUAACGAAGAUAACUCCUUUUCUACCAUCACAAACAGUAUAGAUAACGAAAAAGAAUGCCCUCAAAGAUUAACUAGAAUAAUGGAAGUUGAAAAGGAAACCAACUUCCCAAGUAUGACAAAAAUUAUUGAAAUGGAGAAUGACAUAUCAAAUGAACGACGAAUUUCCUUGACAAAUGAACGUGAAACCGGAGGCGGAAUUAUUGAAAACUCUAGCGAGGAAGUGACUGUUAGGUCUAAGUUUGUGCAUCGAAGUACCCCUAGGUUUAGUCUCGACUCUUCAUGCUCCGAAAACUCUUAUGUCAAUAUUGAGUGUAUAAAGAGUUUGCAGGAUGUUAGGAAAGAAGAAAGCACUGAAAGCUGUGCAACCCUAGAUACUGCCCCCACUGGCAAAUCUAUCCGUUCUCGAUUCCCGAGAAAAAAAACGUCCGUAUGUUCGAUAGGCUCCUCGGACUGCGACGAUGAGGUAGAUGUUAUUUUCAAAUCCAAGCCUAAAUCUAGUCAAUGGGUCAGUUUGGAUUGGAUACCACCGCCUCCCAAAGAAGAGCCAGUGAUUAUGCAAGUCUGUGAUAAAAAUGAUUUCAUUUCAAAAUGGAUAGCUGAACAAAACUCGCAAGAGUCUAUAAUUAUUGCUGACGAAAGGCGAAAAAGCCUUCCACCGAAAUCGAAUGAAGUUUAUCUUCAAAACAUGAGAAGAUUUAGUGACAGUUUACAAAUAUGCAAAGAAGACGCCGCCAGCGAUUCUCCAGCUACAGUAAAAUGGAAGUGGCAUGAUAUUGUAAAACGGCACCUUCAACUACUAAAAAGCGAAAAAGGCUUCAGACGCCAAAAAGGCAGUUGGAUGCGAACUGCGAGGCGUUUAUCGGGAACGAACGUCAAUCACAAAGACUUCGAUUGUUUUCCUUUGGAUACAUACAUGAAACUUCAGACCAUGCCAUGGUACUUCCGCAAAAUAAAACGAAUCGAGGCGGAGAAGAAAUUGCUCCUCCCCGAGAACGAACAUGGCGCUUUCCUCAUCCGCGACUCCGAGAGCCGCCAUAAUGAUUUCUCGCUAUCAGUGCGAGACGGAGAUACGGUGAAGCAUUACCGCAUCAGACAGCUGGAUGAGGGCGGUUUCUUCAUCGCCCGGCGCACCACCUUCCGCACCCUGCAGGAGCUCGUGGAGCACUACAGCAAGGACGCAGACGGCCUCUGCGUGUCGCUCAACAAGCCUUGCGUGCAGAUCGAGAAACCUGUGACGGAGGGCUUGUCGCACCGAACGCGUGAUCAAUGGGAAAUCGACCGUUCAUCGCUCAAGUUCGUUAGAAAACUGGGGCACGGACAGUUCGGCGAAGUAUGGGAAGGUCUUUGGAACAACACGACGCCAGUGGCCGUGAAGACUCUCAAAUCCGGCACUAUGGACCCCAAAGACUUCCUGGCCGAAGCCCAGAUCAUGAAGAAACUCAGACACAACAAGCUGAUCCAGUUAUACGCUGUGUGCACUCUUGAAGAACCAAUCUACAUCAUCACUGAACUGAUGAAGAACGGCUCUCUACUGGACUACUUACAAGGCAAAGGCCGUGGGCUGAAGCUGCAGCAGCUGAUCGACAUGGCCGCUCAAAUCGCCGCCGGCAUGGCGUACCUCGAAUCACAGAACUACAUCCAUCGCGAUCUUGCCGCUAGGAACGUCCUCGUGGCCGACGCUAACAUUGUUAAAAUCGCUGACUUUGGCCUCGCUAGACUCAUCAAAGAAGACGAGUAUGAGGCCCGCGUGGGCGCCCGGUUCCCCAUCAAGUGGACCGCGCCCGAGGCAGCCAACUACAGUAAAUUCUCCAUAAAGUCCGACGUCUGGUCGUUCGGCAUUCUAUUGACUGAACUCGUCACUUACGGCCGAAUACCUUAUCCAGGUAUGACGAACGCUGAAGUUUUACAUCAAGUAGAGCACGGCUACCGCAUGCCGUGUCCACAGAACUGUCCCGCGGCACUGUACGAGAUCAUGCUCGAGUGCUGGCACAAGGACCCGCUGAAACGGCCCACGUUCGAAACCCUGCAGUGGAAGCUGGAGGACUUCUUCACUAUGGACAACUCCGAGUAUAAGGAGGCUUCCGCCUACUGAGCCAGGCCUUCCCUGCCGCCCCACCGACACGCACACUCGCAUCAUACUCCAGGCCUGUACCACAUGCCGCCGGAACUGCAGAUGCUGCACAACAGCACGUCCAUGCAGUACCUGCAGAUGCACCCUAUGGCGCAGACCAGCAUCGGACAGAUGCAGGCCGCCCACCAGGCGAGUAUACAGCUGCAAGCCGCGCACCAGGCGAGCUUGCAGGCGGCGCACCAAGCCAGCCUGCAAGCGGCGCACCAGGCCAGCCUGCAAGCCGCCCACCAGGCCAGCCUGCAGGCAGCCCACCAGGCCAGCCUGCAGGCGGCCCACCAGGCGGGCCUGCAGCUGUCGGCGCGGCCGCUGUGCCAGCACCACGCGGCGCGCCACGUGCCGCCGCCCGCCGCCUUCCGCGCGCCCUGAGCGCCCCGCCGCCCGCCACACACCCGCACCCGCACCCUGGAGCUGUGAGCGAGUCAUCAGCAGCGAUGUGCAGGACACACGCCUUACGUUACAUUCCCUUUGCAUCUGACGGAGCUCCGGUCCCGUCCAGAGAUCCUUCCACGUGACUUGUACUACAUACAAGUGACUACAUUUUACCCUCCUCGUAGAGAGGUCAUGAUUUUAUUUUUGCAAGAUGAAGCGAGUUCGAAAUACGAGACAAUGAAAUGGCGACGUGGACGUAAUUUUAUUACUCUUCGAUCAGUAAUAAGUUUAGUUAGACUGCCUACGAUUCUACAUAUUGUAUUUAGCCAUAGGUUAACUUUUACGAUUUUUCAAGUAUUUAAUAAGCCUUUUUGUAGGGUGUUCAAGUACGACUAAUCGAAAACGUUGAAGUAAGCUGUUAAGACUGUUUGCAGCGCCCUCUAAUUAAUUUUUCUGAUAUUGCAAUAAGUGUGACAUAUCAGCACUUCUAUAAUUUUUCACGGCGUAGGAAUCGGGCCCUCGACGUUACAUUGAACUGUUUAUUAGCGCCGCGUGGGUAGCUUGUUACGACAUUUAUCUUGCAAUCAAAUAAAAUGUGUUCUCUGCUUCGCUGAAUUAUUUAAUCGAUUUGUAAAUGUUAAGGAUACAUUUCAGGCACUUUAAAAUCCAACGUCGAACAAUAUUGUAUGUUCGAGGUAAGAGGCUAUAUCAUAUUACUAUAAUGACUACAAAAAUUGGUUUAAUUUGAUAAUGAAAUUGGAAUGCAUAAUAAUGGCGCUAGGGUGUAGGUAGUAGUUGUGUAGCGGGCUGUCGGCAGCGGACGACGAGAGGUGACACUGUGCAUGUGUGCGUAAAUAGGAGGAAAUUUAGGCUCGGCAGGGAUUUAAAUUAACUUGCGUUAAUUACGCAUUUUGUAAGGAUUUAUGUUCUGAAGAGGCGCAUUAACAGAUUAGGUAUUUUCACCUUCGUAUACCAUGUUUAGUAGAAUAACGAUGUUGGUGAUAGAUGCCAAAUAAUCCUAAUAAAGAACUGAAUUUUAUAUACAUAAUUAAUUGUUCUGAGGGUAUUUAGACGUUAGGGUUUAAUUUUAUUUAAGCUGUUCUAAUACAUAAUUAAUGGAACGCUAUUCUUAACUAUUUAUAUAAUUGUAACGAUGACAUUUCUUAUCUUGCGGGCUUUUAGUUCUCUCGUAAUCAUUUUAAUAUUCAUCAUGCUCAAGAAUUUUACUAUUAUUAUUUGAUUGUAUCAAAUUAUUCAUCCGAAACUGAUAUUUUAUUUGUGCCAAGACUUUUAGUUUAAGUAGAAGUUGAAAGUGGCUACCUUGUAAUCUAAAUUGUAUCAACACAAACUAAUUACGUAUUUAAUCAUUUACUUUAAAGCUAAGAUAUAAUUGGCCUAAGUAAAUAAGUAUUUUUGAAUGUGUAAGUUUUGUAUCCUAACUUAUUAGACUAACUUAGUAUAUAUUAGAUAUUUUCAAUUAUAACAGAAUGGCGUACGUAAAUAUUCUCAUUUGUUAAAACUGCACAUUUUAUUGAAAAUGUAAGUUUCUGUGCAAUAUUUAUUGUUUCAAUCCCGGUGCUUAGUGUUUUGUAUGCUACAAAAGAUAUAUGUAAACUUACAUCCUCAGAACAUUUAAACAAACUGUUGAUGUAAGCUUGAAACGUUAAUUGUAUAAUUUGAUAAUAAAUACUAAUACCAAUAACAGUACAACAAUGAAUUGUUGUCGUGUACAUUAAACUUUCCACAAUUUUUAACUUUGUAAAUAGUACCAAGUGUAGUAUUGGUUAUAAUGGUAAUGAGUGAUAUUAGAAUGUUGGUAUUAUGGUAUAACAGUGUGCUACAUACUCAAAGUCCACUGACUCGAUCAUUCCAGUUGGAUCAAGGCAAUAUACUAAAACAAUCGACAAAUAAACAAAUUAGGCAUUACAAAGUGAUAUCUUGGCAUCACAAUAAUAACAAAUACAACUGUAUCGCACAAAUAUACAUUCGUAAACUAUUUGUAAGCCUGAAAUAAUUGCAUUUGUACGUCACAAAUAUUGUACCGUCUGAAAAUGAGUGAGCGCUUUGGUUUGUGUGCUAUUGUGAAACUACCGUCACUUACUUGAUGGGAAAUAUUUUAUUUCCCGAGACCGAUUGUGACACUCGUUAUCAGAUAGUAUUCUCUCACUGCACUGUGGAUAGAGCACGAUUAUGUAGGAUCAAAAAGUUUGUAUUCUAUUUGGAUUUAUUGUAAAAAAACACAAACAGUGUUCACGAUCAACACUACGGAAAUCUGUCCGUCAAGUAUUAAUAUUAACAAAGUCGUACGAUCUUAUUUCACGUAAAUUAAUUAAUUAAUUCCAACGUUAUUGUUUACUCUCAUGUAUUAUUUUUAUAAUUUAUUUCAUUGUAAUACAUAAGUUUUAGCUGUACGAUAUGCUUAGGCUUUAUGCUUUAUUGGAAUGGCUACGUCCGCUAUGUCUAUCCAUUUAUGUAUGUACAUGUACGGCAAUAUUAUCAGUGUAUUCAAUAAUUUUAAUUAUUAGUUAGCCAAUUUUAAGUAUUUUCUUAAAAAUAUUUCGCCAUCACAAUUAUGAAGAGAUCAAUAGAACGAAUAGAGUUAAGCUAUGUGAAUGAUGUAUGUUAGAUAUAAAUAUUUAACUAGAAUUUAUUUAGUAACUGUUGCUGUGGUUUACAUUUAUACUUUGGUUUACGGUACUGUACAACUGUACCAAGUGUAAGUGUUUCGGCGAUUUAGGGUGAAGUCAUACAUUUCAAGUGCGACUGAUGAUAGUUGAUACUGUUUGACAUGUGAACUAAGGUCUUAUUACCUCCGAGUAUCAAUUAAAUCUAUUUUAGUUUAUUCUCGAGUACCAGUAUUGUUACACUGUCAUAACUAUGUAACUAGUGGUUGUUUUGUACAAAUUGACUGCUGUUAAAAUGUUAUCCCCUUUAGAUGUUUGAUAUCCAAACCUUUUAGAGAUCUUUUAUGGCAGUGUAAUCUGAAUACUGGUUUUAAGUACGGUUAUUAUAAUGAUUACUAUAUUUCACUUAUUUGUAAAGAUUUUUUUAACACAACAAUAAAUAUAAAUGUGAAAUAUC